AUGGAGAUUCCGACGUCUGCUCGGAAUAAUAGAGAAGAGAACAUGGACAAAGGAGAUGCGAUAGAUUGUGUGAUAUUUCGAGCUCGAAAUGCCACCUUACUGUAUGCACAACUAAAAAUAUUUUUCAAAGAAGUGUAUUGUGCUAAGCCGAAAAGCAGCAGACAAAGCAGUUGUGAGGCGUUUGUGGUGUGUCGAGGCUAUUCACCACCAGAAGGAUAUCAACCCACUUUGGAAAAUCCGAUGUUUGCUCCAAAUUACGUUAUCGUUAUUUGGACAAAAAGGGGUACUGUGGCAGUUUAUGGAUGCAAUGAUGGUAUGUACGUUUGUUAG